AUCCGCAUCACAUCGUUAUCAGAUUUUACCUAUGCAAAAUUUCAAAAGAGAUAAAAAAUUACUUUAGUCCCAGAAGUGUCAGUUCGUAUCUAAAAGUCAAGGUGUUCGGCCGACAAAACGUUUAAAAGUGCAAGAAAGAUUUUUUUUUAAAGUGAAAAUAUCUGCAUUAGAAUUGAAUAUGAAGAAAGUUCUAACUUUGUGUCUAGUCUCAAUGUUAUAUUUAACAUUGCCUCACUAUAGCCAAUGCCAACAACCACCUUAUCAGGUUUCGAUAAUUUUGAAAAUGCCAGGAAACUUCCAAAACCCCCAUCUUUGUAAUGGUGUUAUAAUUCAUGAGAAACUAAUUCUAACUACAGCAGAUUGUAUGCAUUUUAAGUUUGGAAUGACUGGACCAUCGAACAAACUUGAAGCUUCAGCUAUAAAUGUGAUAGCUGGAAGUAAGACUGCUCAACAGGAUGUCAUUCAAAUGAAUGUUUCUUCAAUUGAAUUGCCUACAAAUUUCGAACCAACAACUCUUGAGAAUGAUUUGGCUUUGUUGACAUUGAGCGAAGCUUUACCAUUGGAAACACGAUUUGACAUUAGAUGGAUAAUGAUAGAUGAUAAUACUCACGUCAAUCGUUCGUGCUUAGUAAACUUCUAUACGAGAAAUCCAAACGAUGCUAUAACAGAUUAUUAUCAAACUGAAGAACUGUAUACCGUAAAUAACGAUGUAUGCCGAAACUUCACAAAAUAUCCUGCCGCCCGGAAACGAGAUAUUUGCUCGUUUUAUGUUCUUCCUCAUCAAUACGAUUGCAUAAAAGCAGAUUCAUAUUUAUCAUUUAACAAUGAUCGUGGAACUGCCCUAGUUUGUAAAAACUUCCUUGUUGGACUUCUAUCUUCAGUAGUUACUCGUCCCAAUCCAGUGAAUAAUUGUUCAGACGUGGUGUUAAGGGCUAUUUACUCAAAUAUCAUUCCACAUCUGAGAUGGAUUUAUUCAGUAAUGUCAAAAAUGGAAACCCAAUACAUUUCCACACCUUACGAUGCAUCUGUGAAGCCACUUAUGGCAAUUCCAAACUCUGCAGCCAAUAUCACGAACACAUCUCAAACAGCUUCAAACUCUACAAUAUUGUCGAACACUACUGUUUCUGGUUUUCCCUUUACAAAUCUAACAAUACCAAGAAAUACAUCGAUUCUAAAUUCAACACAGCAUAAUUCAACAUAUCCAAACUCAACUAUAUUGAAUUAUGCAACUCCACAUCCUUUGGCUUUCAACUCAACAAAAUGGAAUACAACUUCAAUUGGUAAUCCUUCAAGAAAUCAAACAACAAAACCAGUGCUGUUCAAUAAUGGAGUUUCCACUGGACCAGUUCACAGUUAUGGUACUUCAAUAGAUCCACAUAUCAAACAUCCGACUCCGAAACCAGCUGUACAAAACAUCUUUACAAAUAGUGGAGUUCUAGCAAAACUUAGCGCCGGAAGUCUUCUGAUACUACUGGCAUACUUCAGAUUGAUAACCUUUUAUCUUUAAGAUAAUAUUGCGAAUUAAAUUUUUCUUAUAAAGACUGUAAAUAUUUGUUUGUAUUUCACAUCAUCAACGUAUGCAUGUGAAAAUAUCUUUAACGUAAGAAAAUUUAUUUACUAGAACUAAAUGUAUUUAUACAAUUUAUCUUGAUGUCCCUAUAUUAUAUAUUAUGUACUUAAAUAAUUAAAUUUUAUGAUUUAUUAAUUUU